AGAUGCUUCUGUUCAGUUGCGUUCAAUUUUGCUCCUGGUUUCCGACGAAGAAUGAUUUAUUAAUAUAACCCGUAUAUUCCUGUUAUUUACAUUAUUGCCAUUCCUUUAUCUCAUCAGGUGCGACGCGUCAUAUAUCCCACGCGCUUCACAUAAUAGUCUCCGAUUCCAAUCCCAAUUCCUUAUCAAACCCUAAAACCCAAAUUAAUCCUUCCCCAUUGAAUUCCAGCAUCAAACUCUUCUUCAUCCCAAACCCGAACCCUAGUUCCCCACCUCCUCAACAAUGCUCGGAACUCCGGGUCGCUCCCCCCGCCACCUCUCCUCCCCUACCCCCUCUGCAAUUUCCGAUUACUCCACCUCCUCCGCCGCCGUCGCCACCACCCCCAGAAACCCUAGCGGCGGCGCCUACCCGAAGGUCCUCGACGAAGACACUUACGUCGCCGUCCUCGAGAAAAUCAUCGAGCGCGACUUCUUCCCCGACCUCACGAAGCUCCGCGACCGCCUCGACUGGCUGGAGGCCAUCAAGACCCGCGACCCGAUCCGGAUCCGAGAUGCCCAGCUCCAGAUCAUCGAGCGACGCGGCCACAAGGCGACCCGCACCACUCCAAACCCUAGCGCCGCCAAAACCCCCGGCUCCACUUUCCUCCGCAGCUGCACGCCCCUCGAUGACUUCGACAACAAAACCCCCAUAGCCCCCGCCGCGGUCCCCACCGCCGCCGGAGUUGGCUCCGGCGGAGACGGGAUUGAGGAGUCGCUGAGUUUGGACCAGUUUGUGAGGAGGUAUACGAGUGAGGACAAUGAGAGCUUCACGAAGAUUCUGGAGAAGGAGAAUAGGAAGAGGAAGGAGAGGUAUGAUUAUCUCUUGGAGGGCGAAAACUCCGAUAAGGCGGCGGCGAUUGAGGAUGCGAAGAGGAAUAGGAUAACAGAUGGAUAUGGAACUUCGGAUCAGCCGAUGAGUACAUUGGAAGGGUGGAAGUUUACGGCCAAGAAUCUGUUAAUGUACCACCCUGCCGACCGCGGUGAGGCGCCGCUGACGCUGGAGGAGCGGGCGGUGAGGAUGAAGAGCUUGGAGAAGGAGAUUAGCCGCACCAAUACGAGGUUUCAUGGCAAGAUGAUGGAUAGGCCGAGAGAGGAAGGGAGCUUUGAGGUGCUGUAUGCUCCUGUGGCUGGGGGGACGCCCGUGAUUAUGGAUAGAGACGGGGAUAAGCUUAAGAAGUAUGAUUUGGAUGAUUUGAGGAAGACGCCGCCCAAUCGCUUUUAUGUGGAGUCGGAGAAGAAGGCAGACAAUGGGUAUACCUUUGUGAAGACGCCGUCCCCUGCACCGGGGGUUGAUGAGUCACCGUUUAUAACGUGGGGUGAGAUUGAAGGGACGCCGCUGAGGUUGGAGCAGGAGGACACUCCUCUUGAUAUUGGUGGGAGUGGAGGACCACAUUUUAGGAUUCCAUGCCCGGGUUCGAGAGAGGAGAAGGCUUACUCACUGUCGAGAGUAGCUGCAAGGAAAUUGAGGGAGAGGGAAAAAUUGUUUCCGAAGCCGCCUUUGCCAUCGCCUUCCAGAGCUGGUAGCGCCAGUCCAAGUGUGAGGACGCUCUCUCCUGCUGCGCAGAAGUUUGUAAGGAAUGCAAUUGCCAAGUCUUCGUCGACUGUUGAUGAAACUCUUAGAGCCAGUUAUCGAGGUUCAAGUCCUGGUCUGGCUACUCCUAAAGGUGGAAGGAGUGUGUCAAGGUUUAGUACUAUGAAAUCCAGAUCACCUUCUGCAAGGGAGGGCUCACCUUGGUAAUUUGUAGUACUCUUUGUUUGAUGUUUAUCAUACUGAUUACUCUUGUAUUUGGCACCAAAUAAGCCUUCUCUUUUGAACUACAUAUGUAAAAAUUAGCUGAUUGUCCUUUUGAUGACAAGGAGUAAGUCUAAUUGCGUGGUUUCACAGUAUGAGUUUUAUUGGUUUAUUGCUACU